AUGGGCACAAGCUUGCGGCUCACCACGACAUCGACGACGACAAGUGCGACAACUCCUGCGAGUUCCAGCGUGGCGCAGCCAUCGGCUGCAGCUGACUGGCGAUUUGGGGCGGGCGGCAACGCUACCUUUCAUCUGCUAUCCUCGAUUGCCGCCGAGUCCGACGGGGCUUGUGCUGUGCUGAAUCAGCUGGGAAAGCUCCGCUGCUUCAGUGAGCUGAACUGUUCCUCGGACGUCACCUGCGGCAGGAACAUCCAGAAUACGACUGGCUGCAAGCCCUCGUGGCCUGCACUGCCCAACGAGACCCAGAUCAUGGGUGAAGCGAGGCUCUUCCUACAGUCGGCCGGCCGGUUCAUGGUCUUCCUGCGGGAUCCCCGCGAUUUGGUGAUUGCCUCCUUCCGCGCGGCAGGAGCAGCCAAGAACCAGGACUGCCCUGGCAUGGCGCUUUUCGCGAUGAGGCACAUACAGCCAGUGUCGCGCUGGGUGAACUUGCGGCAUCGCAUCGUGUCGCAGAUCCGAGAAAUAGAUGACCGUCUGGCAGCCGUCUUCUUCUUCGAGGACUUCGUCAACAACGCAACCAGCGUGGUCCGGACCAUGGCGAGGUUUAUGGGCGUCCAGGUUUCGGCUUCGAUGCUGAAAUCGCUGAGCGAUGUUGCGAACAGCACCAACAGCACCAACAAAGGUGGAGGCCGGCGGCUCUGUCUCUCUGCAUCCUUGGUCCCCGGACACGUUGGUGCUGCAAUGACACGGCUGAUGCAACGGGAGCUCUCUACCACGCUUUGGGAGA